GCCCAACGCUGCUGUAACACUACCGAGCCUUUGGAAUCGAGAAAACGAACAGAAUCGAGGAGAAAAUAGCGAAAAAAGAGGAGAAAACGACCCAGAGCAGGAGCUGACCUGCAGUCAUGGACCCGUCAUUACCUCCGGACCCGAACCCCGAGCCUGAACCGGCUCUAGGUGUCACUCCACAAGCAGACGCCCCUCACGGUUCACCUGUCCAACCCACCCUGGAUUUGAACCCUCAGCCAUGCCAGGAACCGCUUUCAGUUCCAGCCCAGGAACCAUCUCCAGAACUGACCCUGAACCCAGAAAUAAAGCCAGAACCAUCAGCACCAGAGCUUACACCAGAACCACCGAUCCCAGAACCAUCCCCGGCUCCGGCCCUGGGACCUCCUCCAGCAGCCAACUCCUCCUACAAGAUCAUGACCUUCAGACCCACCAUGGAGGAGUUCAAGGACUUUGGGAAGUACAUGGCUUACAUUGAGACCCAAGGAGCUCAUCGUGCUGGUCUUGCAAAGGUUAUUCCACCAAAGGAGUGGAAGCCGCGGCGUUCAUACGAGACCAUUGAGGAGAUGGUCAUUCCCGCUCCAAUCAUGCAAGUGGUGACCGGUCAAUCGGGACUCUUCACACAAUACAACAUCCAGAAGAAGUCCAUGACGGUCGGAGAAUAUCGCAAACUGGCUAAUAGUAAAAAGUACUGCACACCUCAACACAAAGACUUUGACGACCUGGAGAGAAAAUACUGGAAAAACUUGACGUUUGUGUCGCCUAUUUACGGCGCAGACAUCAGCGGGUCCCUCUAUGACCCGGACAUUACGGAGUGGAACAUCGGUCAUUUGAACACUCUUCUGGACAUGGUGGAGCAGGAGUGUGGGAUUGUUAUUGAGGGCGUCAACACACCCUACCUGUACUUCGGCAUGUGGAAAACCACCUUCGCCUGGCACACGGAGGACAUGGACCUCUACAGCAUCAACUACCUGCAUUUCGGCCAACCAAAGUCCUGGUAUGCGAUUCCUCCCGAGCACGGCAAGAGGUUGGAGAGGCUGGCGCAAGGAUUUUUCCCAGGAAGUUCUCAGGGCUGCGACGCGUUUCUCCGUCACAAGAUGACCCUCAUUUCUCCAUCCAUCCUGAAGAAAUACAGCAUCCCCUUUGACAGAAUCACGCAGGAGGAGGGUGAGUUCAUGAUCACGUUUCCGUACGGAUAUCACGCCGGAUUCAACCACGGCUUCAAUUGCGCAGAGUCCACAAACUUCGCAACCCUGCGCUGGAUCGACUACGGCAAAAUGGCCACACUGUGCUCGUGUCGUAAAGACAUGGUGAAGAUCUCCAUGGACGUCUUUGUCCGCUGCUUGCAGCCCGACCGCUAUGAUCUGUGGAAACAGGGGAAAGACAACACGGUCCUGGACCACCUCAAACCCACGAACCUCACCAGCCCCGAGCUGGAGCACUGGAGGAAAAACAGAGUCACAUACAGAGAGAAACUCCUGCGCAGAGCUCAGGCGAAGGUGAAACAGUUCCGACGUCUGAAGCUGGAGGAGGUAAAGAUCUUGGCGGAGGAGGGAGUGGACCUGGACAUGAGCGAGUACCUGCGUAAGGUGGAGGAGCGCGAGCAGCAGCGACGGCAGCAGAAGGACGAGCGCAUGGCGCGAGAGGCGCUCCUCACACUAGAGGCGCUGGAGAGGGAGGAGCAGGAGCAGGCGGAAGCGGAAGCGGCCCUUCGCGAAGGAGCAGGCGAAGAUGGAAAAACAGAAUCUCAGGAUCCUCCACAGCAAAACGGAGAGGAGGAGGAGAAGAAGAAGAAGAAGAAAAAGAAGAAGCCGAAGCAUCCCGACGAGCUCUCCUUUCAGCAGGUGUUUGAGCAGUUCGCUUCCACCGAAACUCAGAAUCAGAGUAACGGAGCUGCUCCUGGCCUGCAGCCGAGUCCCUUUACGAAGCUGAAGAAGAAAGUUGAGGUGAAGAAGAGCCGAAGACAUCCGUUCAGCAAGCCUCCCAUGCGUUCGCCUCACUCCAUAGUCAAACAGGAAGCUUCCAGCGAUGAGGAGUUGUACUCUGGGCUGCCUGUAGGUGGCGGCGUCCAGCCGGAGGCCAAGAAGUCUGAGGAGAUCGCGCUGUGGCAGAACCGCUCGCCAAACUUCCUUGCCGAGAAACAAUUCAACGCCGCGAUGGCGACCAUCGAGCCACACUGCGCCAUCUGCACGCUUUUCUGUCCGUACACACAGCCCAUUAAGGACGCCUUCCACAUCUCAGACACAUCCGGCUUGGUGUCCCGGGUCGGCUGUCGCACGCGUCCGCUGGUCCCAGAGAUGUGCUUCAGCGCGGGUGCCGAGAACACAGAACCGCUGCCGUCGAACUCCCACAUUGGCGACGACGGCACCAGCGUCCUCCUGUCCUGCGGGAGCUGCGGACUACAGGUCCACGCAAGUUGUUACGGCGUCAAUCCCGACACGAAACAGGAGGGCUGGACGUGUUCACGAUGUACUGCGGCCGAAUGGACAGCUGCCUGCUGUUUGUGCAGUUUAAGAGGAGGAGCUUUGAAGAAAACCACAGAUGACAGGUGGGUUCACGUGAUCUGCGCCGUCGCUGUGGCCGAGGCUCGUUUCGUUAACGCGGUGGAGCGAGAGCCGGUGGACGUGACGGCCGUACCCGACACCAGGAAGAGUCUGAAGUGCGUCUACUGCCACAAAACGACUAAGCAGAUCUUUGGUGCGUGCAUCCAGUGCUCGUUGGACAACUGCUCCACGUCCUUCCACGUCACCUGCGCCCUCCUCGCCGGAGUGGUCAUGAAGCCGGCCGAUUGGCCGUACGUGGUGUCCGUCACCUGCCACAAACACAAACAAACCAAUCAGAAGGUGCGUAGCCACUUAAGAAGGGAUCUUAAUGCACAUGGUGAUCCUCAAACUGACGCUUUACCUCCACUGCAGGUCAAAAAUAGUUCGCGUGAGCUGUCUUUGGGUCAGGAGGUCAUCGGCAGGAGCAGCAACGGCUGGUUCUACCGCUGUACCAUCACCGGCAUCGGCACGCAGAACUACUACGAGGUCAACUUUGACGACGGCUCCUACUGUGACAACGUCUUCCCAGAGAACCUGCUGAGUCACGACUGCCUGAGGAACGGCCCUCCAGAACUGGGCGAACUCGUGGUGGUCAAGACAGUCGACGGACGGGUUCUCAACGCGUCUUUCGUCAAGGAACACGUCCACCGAUACUACCAGGUGGAGUUUCAGGACGAGACACAGAUCUUACUGAAACGUAGCGAGAUUCAUUCUCUGAACCAAGAGCUGCCCAAGAGGGUCAUGUCUCGUCUGGCAACUGUGAACCAACAGCAACCUCAGGCGCAACCGUCAGACGAACCUCUGGCUGCGAAACGCCCACGUCUGCCGACCCCGCCGCCUACGUUAGCCAUCGAGCCUUCGGCGCUACCUCCAGAAAUAGUGACCGCUUUCCUGCCCGCUAGUAUUACUUCAAACACCAGCACUGCCCCUUGCCUGCCUCCCCCAGCCUCACUUCCUGUUUCAGCACCCACACUUUCUGCUCCGGAACCGAGCGAGAGUUACACUCACAGCUCCAGCUACAUAGCCUACAUGGAGUCUCUCCUCAACUCGGACUUCCCUCCAGAGGAGGGCGAACAAGGUGUCGAGCCGAUGUAUUGAAGCGCUGCCGUGCGGCACCAUCUGUUCGUCGACGCUUCGUACGGACUUUUGAUUCAUCCACUGCAUGUCUUUGUUUCAUUUAUUCGCUGUCGUGCUAAUCCGAGUCUCCCACCCGUGAACGGUGCGUGUGGGACGCAUGUGUGUCAUUAUAGACUGAAGCGGGCCCAGUACAUAGCCUUGGGGGACGCCGCACUCUUCCGACCCUUCCCACAAUCCUUCGCUCCGGUUCUUUUGAGCCGCCAUACGUUUUCAGAUGGGAUAAUCAUUCACUGUACGUGCUGUUUACUUUAUACCUGAUUGUUUUCUCUAACGAGUGCUAAAUAUUUUUCUAACUCGAGCCAAAAUGUCACGCUACCCGGUCACAGAUCAAAAAGACAGUCUAUAUCUGUACAGUUUCAGGUAUUUUUCUCUGUACUCAAGUGUCCGGAGGGGUCACAGGAAGAGUUCUAGUCAGGGGUCGUGGGAUUUAACAAGUAUUUAAAUGUCUUUUGUCACAUAUAGAUUUAAUAUUUGUAUAAAGAAAAAUCACGAUUAUGGCAGCAUCAGAAGCUACAGUUUUCAGUUAGCAUUCACAUCCGUGUCCGAUAGAUUUGCGCGUCUUCAUGUAUUCUUCUAUAAUCGACGAUACAAUGUUUUUCAGCGCCAGAUGAUUUGUUUUUGUAGCAUACUUGGUAGACGUUGAUAUUGAAUACUAUUCACCCUGUCUGUUUUUUAUUAUGAUUACCGUUGUUGUUAUGAUUAUUAUUUUUAUUGAUUUUUAUUUUGGUGAAUCUUUGCAACACAAUGUUAAAAGAUGAAAAAAAAAGGAAGUUGAAUUUAUCAUUUUUAUUCAAGAGGUUGAAGUGGCGUACAUUUAAGCGUAUAGUCAUAGGUGAUGUUAAACACACACGCAAUCCGCCUUCUCAAGGUGCUAUAGAGGUCUUAGACUACUGAGGGGCGAUCCGGGUCAUGUGACCCACUAUGAGGUGUACAUACUAGACGUCCUGCUCGCGAAUUGGAAAAAAUUUUCUUCAGUGUAACUUCUAUUCUUUUCAAAUGCCAUGUCACAUUGAAAUAAAGGGUCUGGGUUGUCGCUACGGAUUUGCUUUCUUCUUUUUGUUGUUUGCCCAUCUUUGUUGUUUUGUCUUGUGUGGUGAGCGAUUAUCGAUCGGAAGGCCUCCAAAUAAUUUGGAAACAAACUCUGGGACGAGACUGGAUCGUCAUUUUAGAUUGAAGCCAAGACGGACCCAGUACAUAGCCUUGGGGGACGCCUGAUUCUUCCGACCCUUCCCGCAAUCCCUAGCUCCGCCUCUUUCGUUAAACCGAAAGAGCUGCCACACAUGUUAGGAUCUAAUUAUCAUUCCUUUAAGUAGACAUUUUGAAAAAUGAUUAAUUGCAUACAUUUUUAUUGCAUUAUUAAAAAAUAAGUGCAGAAAAUGUUCUCUAUUUUUUCAUCUGAAUUACAGCUCUAAGAUAAUGAAUUUUUACAGAUGAAGUGCAUACUGUGGUUCGAACCUAGCGAGCGCAUCCUCUUCCCUUCCGUUUGAUGUGACUACCACCGUUCUCGUCUCAACAGCGUUUGUUGUUUUCCGCCCGCCAGUGACGCCUACGGCCGCUCUGACACUAGAUGCGGUGUGUCGAUGGCAUUUGUACUCCUCUGUUCCCAGGGUUUCUGUUUUGCAUUAACAGAAACGUCACAAGAGGCAGGUUUAAUGAAAUAACCCGCCACAGCUUGCAUACUGAUGAUGGCAAAUGUUUAUCUGUGCAGAAGUACUAGGAAAGAUUCUAAUAAAAUGUGAAGUGAAACUGUG